AUGGCAGCGUUUGUGCUCGCACGACGGUCGCCUCGCUCCCUGCCGCUGGCUGCUGCCCGCCUGUGUCAGCGGCGACUCUCGACCGAGCCGGCGUACGCUGUCGAGCCGUACCGCAACCUCCUUAACGCGACGCAGGAGCAGCGCUCCUCCUGGGCCGACGCCGACGCAACGCUCCACGCGGCAAUGCGCGAGCAUGUGCCGGCGGCGCUCGCGCACAACGGGGAGGAGGACUUUGACAGGCACCUCGUCGGCGUGCAGUCCGUCCUCCGCUCCUGGGGCGCGGCGGAGCGACUCACAAACGCCGCGCUCUUCCACUCCAUUUAUGGCACCGAGGGCUUCCAGGGCUACGCGCUGCCCUUAUCGCACCGCGGCGAGAUCGCCGGCCUGAUCGGCGCCAAGGCGGAGCGGCUCGCGUGGAUCUUUUGCAUGGUGGACCGCGCCACCGUGGAUGCGACCGUCUUUGCCGCGGCCGAGGGCGACUGGCCGGCCGAUGGCGUCGAGUUCGCCUUUCGCGCCCGGCCCGAGCUCGGCGCCUUCCCCCUCCCCCUCCGGUCGGGCGGGACGCGUCACUCAGAAUGGCUCGACUUUCUCACCCUCUCGCUGGCGGACUGGCUCGAGCAAGUGGAAGGUGCCUCCUCCAAGCAGGUCGGCCGUCCGGUCGGCGACGGCGCGCGGCAGAGUAGUGCAGUGGCAGAGGAGAGUGGUGUGCUCUGGCCGAAGGGCGAGGCGUGGGCUUACCGGCGAGAGAGGAGUGCGGAGAGGGGCGCUGCUGUGGAUAGGCGCGAGGCGUACGCAGAGAUGGCGGCGUUGCUCGCCCGUCGGGCGGACCCCGCCUUCCGGCGCAGCGUGCCGCCGGAGGACGCCGCCGUCGCCCUCGCGGCGCCGGCCAUGCACGCCGAGGUGUUUGGGCGCGAGCCGAGCUGGUCGCGCGGCAUCUCGCAGCCAACCACGCCGCCGAUGGGCGCCGCCGCCCUCGCGGCGCACGAGGCGAGGGAGAGCGCGCGCUGCGAUUUUGGCUGA